AUGUUCGAAACCAACGCGUACCGCGAGAACGAUGCUGUGGACACGCAUGGCGAGGAGGUGCGCGUUUCCGUGGGAGUAUUCAGGAGCCUGCUUAAGUCGCAGGACGAGAGCGCGCAGAAGGUGGCCCGCUUGGAAACUCUGCUUUUGGAGGCGCUGGCGAAGUCCGAUGGGGGGUCCCGUCGGCGCAAGGCGGAGCGGCAGAGGGAUCCCGGGCAGGGAUGCAUGAACCCAAAGCGCCAGCGUCGCGGCGAGGCAGUGGCAGACGUUGAGGAGGAUGACGAUGAGGAGGAAGACGACGACUACGAGGACAUGGCACAGAUUCGCACGCGUCAGAAGCACAUGCGCUCUGCGAAGUCGCCUGUUCUGCAGCGCACACUUGAUCUGCUGCCGGCCGACAAGGCUUGGAAGCGCCUAUGCGAGCUGGUCCAAGUGCAGCUGUUCUUGAAGAAGCCGGCCGCAACCAUGACUUUCUAUCCGAGCUCAGACGACAAGACUUAUGGCGUUUGCGCAGUGAUUGACCGCCUGCCGCAUAGCUUCGCGUGCCUUGCGCUUGCCGCGGACAAGUCCCGCCGUGCUGACCUUAACAAGACGCUGAGCGAGUGGAAGACAAGGGCAGCCGGACAGGUCCGGGACAUUGCGCUCCCUAAGCUUGGAUUCUUCCGUGAUGAGCACGACGAGGCAAGCCCGUGGGCAAGGGACAACGCACGCACGCUGGAGCAGAUUCGGGAGCGCAUUGGGCUCGGUGCGGAGGAGAGCGGUAAGCGGUGUUCUGAUCUGGUGCUGAGCAACUGGUCAAACGACCGCGAUGGGAUGCCCUUUGCGUCUGCCGCGUUUGCGGCGUGCGCAAAGGCUGCCUUCAUUCCGAAGAAGGCUGCACUGCCGCUCACUUUGAAGGUGUACCACCUUGCGUGGCUGAAGCACGUGGUGUCCGACAGCAUCAUGUAUUGGGAGCAGAGGAUGGGCCGCCUCUCUAACUCGGCCGGGGGGAACGGCCACGUCGUGAACGGGCUCAAGGUGCUUGUGAAGGGCUCCGUUUCACAGGCCAUCCGUCACUUCAAUCCCGAGUACGACGACGAGAAGGAGAAUGGAUUUGGGGACGCCAUGGCCUCCGCCUUUCUGCCUGUGGUCUUGAGAACAUGA